AUGUUUGGAUGUACCUUUUGGAUCCGCGAUCACCGAAUAAGCACAGACACGUCAAAGAAGACCCAGCACAAUGGCGAAACCAAGAGAGACGAGAAGCGGGUUAGAAUGGUUCAUGCUGAAAAGCUCAAGGAGAAAUGCCGACUAGAUCGUCAGGGCUGCGUGCUGUUCGCCAUGCUUGCAGGCGGCGACUACAACGAAGGAGGCCUUCCGAAAUGCGGUGCUGACAAUGCCUUGAAAGCAGCCCAAGCGAGUCUCGGUCGUAGCCUUUGCAGCAGACAAAACCAAGACGAGUGUAGCAAAUGGGGCGCUAAUACCCUCAGUAACUUUUUUAAGAAGACAGCGCCGGGAAUCACUGUCCCUCCGAACUUUCCACGAUACGAACUUCUGCAGUUCUACAACCAACCUAAGAUACAUUCGGAUGACUGGCUCCGGGGCCAUGCUAGAGAGAAUGUGGACUACGACCAUCCACUUCGUGAGACACACUUGUUCCUCAAAGCAUGUCCGCCAAUCAACAUGUUUUGGAAAAAGUACUUCAACCACGUCGGCCCCAUACUGCUCUCUCGCAUGCUUGCAGCAUGGGACGAGCCGUUGCCUGGGACUGCUCCGUGUGCCCUCACUCUCGUGAACACCCGACAGACGGCUGCAACGGACCCAUCAUCUCACCCCGCUCUAGAGAUGAAGGUCAAGUUCAAAGCGUUUGAUAUCACGAAACUGGAUGUACGAGACCUAGCCGCAUACGUAACACAAAGGGACAAGCCGAUACCAGAUAUCAGCGAAGCACUGAGCCAUAUUGUCACUUACGAAAUGCCGGCAUUUCUCUUACGCAAGGUCUUGCCGAUUCCCACACCGACAGUAACGAAGCCUAGUGGAGCAGAAGAUUCGCUGAAGCGAAAGCAUUCAACCUCUGGUGAGCAAGACACGAGCAGCCCAGUCUCAUCAAAGAAGAUGCGCCAGCCUGCCAAACCUGCAACUCCUGCCACAAAGCCCUCCAAUACGUUUUCGGGUAAAUCCGCUUCUUCUCCGAUGCAGAGCAGUACUUUGGUCACGCCUUCAAAGCAAUCGAUCCAACAUUCGCCCUUGGCUUCGACCACAUCCCCCGCCACACCCGUGGAUCUGUCAGGCGAAGUCGGCCUGCGAAGACCUCAGCCGCGAACACCUAGGCAAAGUCCGAGCGAGCGGUUCGCACUCUUGCUUCAAAGCGUCAAGAAGUAG